ACCGGAUUUCCAAAAUCGUCUUACUCCCUGAGAACCUGUACUCGCUCUUCUUUUAAUUAUGGUUUCUUUGUUUGUAAUUCUACAUUCAUUCCUCAUGAAGAAACCCUUCAUAUCAGCAUGUAAUUAACGGAAAUGAUAAGAAGCUGGUGGAGCGGGUUCUUAAAAUCUGUCCCUGACAUAAUUGUCUCGAGAUGGUGAGCAGAGAAACAAAACGAGUUUAUUUACCAGUUAAUACUGCGUAUACAGAAGAGAAAAGAAAUAUUGCGAUGUUUAAGAUAUACGUCAUGUCUAUAUUGAUAAUAAACAAGACUAGGGUAGUUAAUGUUCACCGUUGACUGCUGCUUACGAGAAGCAUCUCCAGCGCAUUCAGUCAGCUUCGCUAUUGAUAUUAAUCUCAGACAAAUAGUGUUUAUCAGCCGCUAACACUACUACGACUACAAACUUCCACUACAACCCUUUUCACUACCAUCACACCACUGUUGAUAAAUUUAUCUUUUCCUUUUUCUCUCUGAUCACAUCAGCCGGUGACUCUACCUACGUCUUCUGUUAAAUGACAACGUUUAGUAGUGCUGGAAUAUCUCCGCCUUCGCACUCUACCAUUUCUCAUUGUUUAUUUGGUCUCCAGUAAAUGACAUGAGAAGUACUACUACUGCAGUGUUGAACAAGUCUAAAUAGAAUCAGUCAACUGUAUUUACGAAACCGAUUUACAACGAACGUUUUCAGACGCAUGAAAUUUAUCAAUGAUGAAACUCUAUUAUGUUAUACCAGCUGUUUUGCUUGUGUCUUGGGUGGCUUUUGUUACAACUUCUCCACUUCACCAUCAAGUAGAAAAGCGUUCCUUGAAACUUUCUCUGAAAUGCCUUGCUUGUGAAUCAGCAAUUGUAUUUUUCCGAAAGAUAUUGAAGAGUAAUCCCCAAAGUUCACUCAUUGGUGAAAUCAUCAAAGAAGCUUGUAUACAUUUCUACAUUGAAAGUCGUAAAGUAUGUGCUGAUGUUGUCAAAGAAUUCCAACCUGAAACCCUCUAUGUGCUUUCUAAAAGUAAUUUAACUGAGAAAGAAAUUUGUUCAACAAUUUUAAACAUACAGUGUACUUAUGAAGGGGAUCCAUACAACAAAUGGAGCAUCAGUCUACCUAAUACACCCAAGCCUCCAGUGAGACCAAUACCAGUUCCCAAGUCAGGGGCACCCAAAUUACGCUGUCUUCAUCUCACAGAUAUUCAUCUUGACACUAUGUAUCAGGAAGGGGCAAAUGCUAAGUGUGGUGAACCUCUUUGCUGUCGUAAAUCUAAUGGGCCUCCAGCAAAAGCAGCAGAUGGUGCUGGAAAAUGGGGUGAUUACAGGAAUUGUGAUUUACCUCCUCGUACAAUGGAUAACCUUUUCAAUCACUUACGAAACAUUCAAGAUCAGUUUGAUUACAUUAUCUGGACUGGUGACCUGCCUCCACACAACAUAUGGAACCAAUCAAGAAGUGAUCAAACAAAAGUUAUCAAUAUCUUGACCCAAUAUUUCUUGAAAUACCUGCCCAAUAAACCCAUGUUUCCUGUGGUUGGCAACCAUGAAAGCUCUCCAGUUAACAGCUUCCCACCUCACUAUAUCUAUGGCAACAAUUCUAUAAACUGGUUGUAUUCUGCUCUCAAAGAGAGUUGGUCCAAUUGGCUUCCUGAAACCACAUAUAGUACCAUCUCAAAUGGUGCUUUCUACACAGUUUCUCCAUAUCCCGGAUUUAGAAUUGUUUCUCUUAAUACCAAUUACUGCAACAAUCUAAAUUGGUGGCUCCUGAUUAAUAUGACUGACCCAAACAAUGAACUAUCAUGGCUCAUUAAUGUCCUUCAAAAAGCUGAAGAUAAAAAGGAAAAAGUUCAUAUAAUUGGCCAUAUACCUCCAGGAUGCAAUGAUUGUUUGAAGGCUUGGAGUAACAACUAUUACAAAAUUAUAUCCAGAUAUGAAAGUACAGUAGCAGCACAGUUUUUUGGACACACUCACAUGGAUAGCUUUGAAAUGUUUUAUGAUGUGAGUGAUAUGAAACGUCCAGUCAGUAUUGCCUACAUAGCUGGUAGCAUUACACCUUACAUUCUCAACAAAGCUGUCAAUCCAAGUUAUCGUAUUUAUGAUAUUGACGGUCCAUAUCCAACAAGCUCUUGGGCUGUACUGAACCAUCAGAAUUACUUACUUAACUUAACUGCAGCAAACAUUAACGACAACCCUGUAUGGCAGAAAGAAUAUAGUGCCAAAGAAACCUACAAUUUACCAAAUUUAAAUCCUGACAGCUGGAAUAACUUGAUUAAGAUCAUGGGAAAAAAUGCAACAAUACUGCAACUUUUUAACAAAUUCUGCAAUAAGAGCAAGGUCAUCAGCUAUAGCAGUUUCCAUGAGUAUCCAAUUUUGAAUUCCUCUGUUAUGACCUGGAGAACUAUGAUGAAUAAGAGUGGACUAAGAACUGAUCCAUGGUACAAGUUCAAGUCUGUAAAUAAUGGAGAAUGUUCUGGCAGCUGUCGCCAUGAUUUGUUGUGUGAAUUACGUUCAGGACGUUCACAUGAUCCUUCUCUUUGUAAGAACUUGUAAAUUACCAGUUUCAAUUACCAAAGAACUUUUAGGAAUUUUAUGUUCAAAAUCUUUUAAAAUCUUCCCUCCUUUUCCAGUUAUUUUUCUAUAUGAUGGAACCACAUAUUUUAAAAGAAAUUUAGAAUGAACAUAUUUAAAACAAUCUGUAGUUUCUUUAGGGAAACAUCAAAAAUUUUCAUAUCACAUAACUGAAGAAUUUAUCCAAAUAUCAUCAGUGAUCAGUUGCUUCAUCCUUUGACUUUUAACAAGCUUUGUUUUGUUAAUUGCUUGAAUUAUUUAGUUAAAAUUUUGGUUACAUAAAAGAUUCAAAAACUAUUAAACAAUUACAUCUUUAGCAAUUCUUAUUUCUUUCUUCUAUAUUUAUCUUUGUUUCUGUGUUCUCUUAAACAAUCAAUGAUUCAAUGGACUUUACUAUUACUAUUGUGAUUCUUUGUUCUGCAGAAGUAUAGCUUCUGUAAAUUGUUUAGACCAUUGGGAAUCCUUGAUUUAUUUGACUAUUAUUUAUCUAGAUUUGUAAUACUAUUGUGAUAAAUUGUUCUACAGUCUUAUAAAUUAUUUAAUCCUUCCAUCUACAGCUAAAUCAAAUUGUUGUCUUCAUAAAAUAUUAAAUAGCAUCAUGAUCUUUUAACUUUGCAAUCCAUUAUUUUAUGAUGCUUUGAAGCUCUUUAGGUAGCCAAGAGCCAGAAGCUCUUUAGGUAGCCAAGAGCCAAAAGCUAUUCUUAGCCCUUAGCCUUGUUAGAAUGAUUUAAAUGUAAUCACAGUAAUACAUUUAGCAGUAGUAUGGCUUCUAGACAAUUAAAAGUAUAUGACUUAACUAAUUACAUAACGUAAAGUGUUAGACAAUCUAAUCAGGGAUCCUCUACUGAUCUUUUGAUUUGCUAGAAAUUGUAGCUUAAUCUUUCUCAAAUCACCCCCUAUGAUCUUAAAAUGUAUAAAAAAAAACACAUUGGAUAAUGUAGUUCUAGAUAGAGUUUCUCCAGAAAAAAGGUGAGACAGUCAUAGUUGGGAUUCCUCUAAUUGUAGAUCUGCUUGGUCAAGGAUGACCUAGAGCUAGACAAUAAACAAAGCAACAACUCAAAGAGCAAGAGGAUACAAUCCAUCAAUCCUUCAGACUUGCAUGAGGCAACUUAUUCCUGAAAUUACUCUCUUACAUAAAUAUAUAUAGUAUCAAUUAUUUAGAAUACUUCAAUACACUGUUCUUCACAAAUUUGAUCCAUAAAAAAAAGUUGUGUAAUUAAUAAUCGUAAUUAACUAAUUACUUUAGAAAGAAAAUAGUUUGCUCUGUAAAGAGGUCUGUUCUAAUAUUUCAGGCAGAAUUACUCUUGAAGAUAAAAGAACCCUACCCCUGGUUAAACCAUCAUGAGCCAAAUUUGUUUAUUUCUCACAUAUUUUAGUUCUAGCCCAUAGAUCACAAUGUUCUUUGAAACAGAGGAAUGUUUACAUUAGUAAAAUUGGAAAAUUGGUAGUGUUCUGAGUUGGCUUCUGCUGUUUUCCCAGAAUUCAAUAAUGUUAUUACCAACAAAUUUUCAUAAAUUGUAUUACUUGGAUGAAUUAUGAAACACCGCUUUACUGAAUUGGAUCCAUGAAAUGUGUGAUAUAAAAUAUAUUUUAAAAAUGUACAGCAAAAUUAUUUAUGAAUAUAUUCUCCCACCCUCCACCUGUGCUUAAUGAUUAAUUGCAAAUAAUUUGAUUUAGUGUAAAUUACAUCCUAGAAUAAUAAUUAUUAGAAUCAUCACCACACUGCUACAUCAUCUACUCUUACUAAUUUGUUUGUCUUGUAACAAAGAUACUUUGUUUAAUGAAACCAAGAUGUAAAUAUAAAUGAUUCUUUCUUAGCAUUUUAUUGAGAACCAGCAAGACCAUAAUCAGUAGGGUCAACUCCUCUAAAAUAGCCAUAACCAACACCAGCUUCAGCUUAGCUAGAACUUUACCCAUUUAAAUAAGGUAUCCUUUGAAAAAGAUACAAAAAUAAAAUCAGACAAGACAAAAACAAUAAGUUUUUUUUUUUUUUUUGCUUUUUUAAGAUUCUUCUGAAUAAAAUUUAUAUUUCUUUCUUUGCAUAUAAUUUGUCAAAACUGUAGUGAGGAUUUUUUUUUAUUAGCUUUUUAGUUAUAUCUUUUUAUUUGUGUACUUUUAAAAAUUGUUUUUUAAUGUUCUAAAGGUAGUGAACUAGCAGAAUCGUUAGCAUGCCAGGCAAAAUGCUUAGUAGCAUUUCGUCUGACUUCUGAGUUCACAGGUCGCCUUUGCCUUUCAUCCUUUCAGGGUUGAUAAAAUAAGUACUACUUGAUUAUCUGCUUCCCUGAAACUGCUGACUUUGUGCCAAAAAUAGAAAUCAAUAUUCUAAAGGCAGUGGUGGUGUCAGAGGAGUAGUGCACAAGGCUAAAUACAUUAUGAUAUUUAGUUACAAGUUCUAAUCCUACAAAAGCUAAACUUACCUUCCAUCCUUCCAGAAAUUGAUAAAAUAAGCAGUAGCUGUAUACUGGGUGGGGAUUCAGUAGAUUAUGCAAUCUCCUCUAUCAAAGAAAAAAAACCUACUUUGUGUCAACAUAAUAAAUUAAUAUAUUUUUUCUUUUUGUAUUAUAUCAGUUAUUUUAUUAUUAUUAAAUACCAAAAAUACUUUUGUUGCUAAUUUUCAUGUUAUGUCUUGAUAAUUUAGUACCAGUCAUAUUCUGAGACAUGUAGUAAGUAGUAGGUUUCAAGAUUAAUAUUUAUUAUAAAUUUUUGGGCUAGAAUUUAAAUAUAUGAAACAAUUUUAACAAACUCUAAUGACACAAUAUCAGAAAAAAAAAACUAUUUUUAUUAUGUAUUAUAGUUUUAAUAUUUUGUCUCAAAAAAAAAAAAGAUUUAUAUUGCAGAACCAAACUGAAUAUUUCAAUAAAAACAAAUUUUGUUUAAA